AUGAUCAUAUACGUCCUUCAUCAACGGCCUCCAACAACUCAUACAGGUACAACAACUGCUCACACUGGUACUUCCACUACUCACACUGGAUCUAACACAGCGCCCACAGGUACCACAACAGCACACACUGGUACAACAACUGCUCAUACUGGUACUUCCACUGCUCACACAGGUACCAGCACAGCACACACUGGCACAACAACUGCUCAUACUGGUACAACAACGGCUCAUACAGGUACUACAACAGCUCACACUGGUACCACCACAGUUCACACUGGAACUACGACAGCUCAUACUGGUACUAUCACAGCUCAUACAGGUACAACUACUGCACCUACUGGUACUACCACAGAUCACACUGGUACAACCACUGAUCAUACAGGUACUACUACAGCUCAUACUCUUACAAGCACAACACUUACUGGUACAACAGCAACUGGAAUAGGCUCAGCAACAACAUAUACUAGUACCACAGCAGUUGGAACAGCAACAUAUACUAUUACUACGACAACUGCUACGGUGACAAUUAAUGUUUUGAACAACACUUGCACAGCAAUACUUACUGCCACGCCUACUAUUCUGCUAAACUUUCAAAAUGCUUUGCCAUUUAGUUAUAAAUUCUUUACAUUCGAAUAUGUUGCUGUAGAAAGGUUUACAAUAAUGAUGAUGAUUUCUCGUCAAGAUCCUAGCUAUUGGUGUCUCGAUGACAUUUCAGUCAUGUACAACGAGACAGAGCUCUGGCAAGAUGGUGGGUUUGAAGCGAGUCCAUUAACUACAUAUUAUACUUACUGUAAUCCGAAUGGAGCUGUUGCUGCCGGUAUUAUAUCACCUGCAUGUGUCGAAUCAGGUAGCGAAAGUUUCUACGAUGGGUCAAUAGGAUAUACGGAUUAUCUCAGCCAAACGUUUGCAACAGUAAUCGGUGGAAGCUAUAACAUCAGUUUUUGGUUAGCCAAUCAAGGUGGCCCCACAAAUAGUUUCAUAGUGAUGGCUGGCUGA